AUGGAGGCAUCGCCGAACUCUUCUCGAAGCUAUCCGGAUGGUUCGAUCACCAAAAUCGUCUAUCAUAACUUUUUAGUCUCAUUUGAUUGUUGCAGAACUUACGAUGACGUUGAGUGCAAACCGGGUCCUAAUUUAAAUGUGUUCAUUGGAACGAAUGGAGCCGGAAAGAGUACGGUGAUUUGUGGAAUUUGUCUCGCCGUUGGUGGUAAUCCAAGAAUUCUUGGGCGAUCGGAACGAAUGGGAGAUUAUAUUAAGCAUAAACGUGAUGAAGGAUUCGUAGAAGUAUACAUAGCAGAUUCAAUCAAAGGAGAGCAGCGGGUUAAAAUUGCCCUCCAGCGGCCAAGUAAUUGUGCAUUCUUCAUCAAUGGCUCCAAGUCCACUCAACGGGCUAUUGACAACCCGUGCACAUUUCUUGCUCAAGAUAAAGUAAAGAGCUUCUCAGAGCAGAGUCCCGUGGACCUCCUCAUGAAUACAGAGAGGUGCACGGAGGCAGAUAAUGUAAAAUUUUCGCUAGUUGGAAGGAAAGAAAGCCUGGACUCGUAA